AUGCUGGAAGAGCAUGCACGUACGCAUGAAGAAGGCGAGCAGUGUGCAGUCAGUCAUUUUGUUCGAGUCUUUCUUCACUCGUAUAUGAGUCACAUUGAUCGAGCCGAGUACAUUCGGCUAGGCACAGGCUGUUCACAAGAGUAUCGCUCCGUAUUGCAGGAACACAAAAUUGCCGAGUCGGCAGUGGAACGGUUGCUCGCUGUGCAUCGUCCAGAACCAACCAGGUGGGUGCGAAAGAAAAUGAGUUGCAGUCAUUAAUU